AGCGGAAACUUCGAAUAGUAAUUCACAGCUGUUCUUACAGUAUUCAAUAUCUUUCGGCAAACAAUUUGUUUGAGAGAGAACUAUCCUUCUUGCAUAMCGACAAAGUAAAAAACUUUGUACUCUACUAAAAAGGAUUAUUUCCUUUUGUAAUCAUCGGUUUUCGUAUUUUCACAAUAUCCUACUUAGCAUGUUUUCCAGCGCGCUUCGAACGCAAUGUUCCCGUCACAUCCGUCUACGAACAUCAAAGUUGUUGAAAAAUGGUUCACGCAGUUUCGCUUCUGUUCCCGAGAUUGACAACCAAACCCGUACGCUUAAAACGACGUUCAACUUAAUCGAUCCGGAAACGAUUGAUCCCCGUCAUCCAUUGACCAAAAUUGUCGCUACGAUCGGCCCGACAUCGGAACAGGCAGAACCUUUGAAAAAGGUUGUCGAAGCUGGAAUGAAAAUUAUGAGGUUGAACUUUUCUCAUGCAACAACCGAAGAAGUCGAGUUGAGAUUGAAGAAUCUUGCGGCCAGUCAGGUAAUAUUUGUGAUGAAUAUCGUUACUUUUGGUGGAUAUAGUCCCUCGAUGUAGGAACUAUUUCUGGAAGACGAUGGACCUUUUUUGUCGUCAAAACGCGUUUCGACUAACACAAUUUUGUUAAUUGUUUGUGAUGACUAAAUACAUGUGGUGAUGCCUUUACGAUGAAUUGGAUACUUCUGAUAAAAUCAGGAUUCGUAUAGUUUCGACGGGCCAAUCAACGCUGUUCAAGAUGUUCGGGCAACUCUUCUUGAUACUAGGGGACCAGAAAUUCGAUCUGGGAAACUAGCUCACGAUGAUUCGGGUCACGAGACCAUUCAACUUGAAAAGGGCGACACAAUUACACUCCAAACUUCGAAGGACUACGCAGAAGCUUCGACGGAUAAAGAUUUGUUUAUCAAUUACGAAAAGCUUCACUUGUGCAUGACUCCAGGCAUGAAAGUCUUGCUGGAUGACGGGGCAGUAAUUCUUACUGUCACAGAACUCAACGACAGCGAUGGAAGCGUAGUGUGCAGCAUCGACAACUCUGGCGAGCUUCGUUCGCGUGCUGGAGUCAACUUACCAGGCGCCGAAACAGACCUACCAGCCAUGUCYGACAAGGACAAGAAAGAUAUCAAGUAUGGGCUAGAAAUCGAUGUCGACUACGUUGCGGCAUCCUUCAUCCAAACUGCAGAAGCUGUUCGAGAAAUUCGAAAUUACAUGAAGCAGUGUUCAGAGGAAAUGGGUAUAGCAGACCGUCCAUUGCCCCUUAUUAUUUCCAAGAUCGAAAGUCAAUCUGCACUCAACCAUUUCGAUGACAUUUUGAAAGAAUCAGACGGCAUCAUGGUGGCAAGAGGCGGUAAGUAACUGCUUUUGGUAGCGACUCUAGAAUGCAUCAGCACUUGUCCGUUACUUCAUAUUCAUGUGCUCCCCUUUGACUAAUCUGAUUGUUUUAUUCGUACCGCUUGAAAGACUUGGGAGUUGAAAUUCCUAUUCAGCAGGUUACCAAUGCUCAAAAGGAGAUGGUUGCUGCAUGCAACGUUGUUGGAAAACCUGUCAUCGUAGCAACACAAAUGCUCGAAUCAAUGGCUAAGAAUCCACGCCCAACACGUGCUGAAGUAUCUGAUGUGACCAAUGCCGUAUACGAUGGGGCUGAUGCUGUGAUGACAAGUGGAGAAACCGCGAAGGGAAAAUAUCCCGACCUAACUAUUGAGACGAUGAAUAAUAUCAUCUUGUCGGCUGAGCACUAUUCCGCAUCUGGUUCGUUAUCCGGUUUGAAUAAUUCCCCAAAUGCACUGCCUUACAUGGGAGACAAAAGUGAUCCCGUGACGGCAGUUGCUGAAGAAGCAGUUGUUGCUAGUUCUGCCAAUGACUGCAGGGCGAUUUUGGUGUUUACGGAGGAUGGCAGGUUGCCUUCAUUGGUAGCAGCAUAUAGGCCAAACUGUCCGAUCAUCAGUUUCUGUUCGACGAGCAAAGUUGCACGGCAGAUGAUUUUGACCAGAGGUAUUUAUCCAGUAGUAGGCUUGCAAAAUGUUGAGAGUGAUGCGGAAAAAAUUGAAGUUGCAUUGAAUGAGAUCAAACGCAUGGGCUUUGUCUCUGAGGGAGACUCUAUUGUAAGCGUCUCUGACACUAGUUGCGAGGUUGCGCAAGUAUAGGAGCGAUGGAAUAUACCUUCAAGAACAUU